CGGGGUUGGCCCGACGAGGCCUGGUGUGGGGAGGGAUGCCGGCGGGAGUUGGAGCAUCGUGGGACAGGCUGAGGGCGGACCGCUUCGGUGAACCCAUCGGCGAGCGGGCACAAUGCCGCGAAGUCAGUCUCGGGUGUUUGAGGAUGGGGGGGAGGAUGAGAAUCGGAAGGCGCAGAAGAAGUGUUGCGUGUAUAAGUACAUCCGCGUGGAACAGAGUCUCGGCGAGAGAUUCCGCGGCAAUCGCAUGUUGAAGUGCGUUUUUUGUGGCCACGAGUUCCAAGGCAACCAGUUCGUGGCGGCGCGCCAUUUCCGCCAGGGCAAGGGAUGUCCGGAAAUGACUGACGAGGCACUUGUCGACAUCCACUACAACAGUGAGUACAAGAUGUCCGACAAGUUCCUAGAGCGGAUCCAGCGAUUUGAGGAGCUUCACGGUGCGGCGCCUGCGACGGAUCCGCGACGGGACGAGGGGGGGGAGGGAGAGAUGAGGGACGCAGAGGAGCAGAUCGACGUGGACGACGACGUCGAGGAGGUUGCACGGGCGGGGUCGUCAGGGAGGGAGCGAGGGAAGGGCGUUGUCAGCGAGCCAGGGGGGCAGCAGGGCCAGUACUUUGCGUCGACGCACGUGUCUGUUUGUACACGUGCAGAUGCGGAUACGGCUGAGACGAGUCUGUCUGCGGGGAAGAGGAAGGAGAGAGAGGAGGGGGCCAGACCGAUGGCAGCACAAAAGAGGAUGAGACAGAACAUGAUUACGGAGUCAUUCACUUCAAAGUGGCAGAUGGAGUUCAAGAAAAAGUGGCUGCGUUUUGUGUACAGUCAGCGCCUGGCGUUCAACGUCUUCCGGAGAGAGCCGUGGUUGGAUGUCGUCCGACACUUUAGGGAUUUGCCGGGGCCAGUGAAGGUGUUGUGGCCUUCAGAGAAUGAGAUCGCGGACAUAGAGACCAUUGUCCACACGACGGACGAUGUGGGAGCUGAUCUCGCGGAGGUCAGGGCUCCUUUCUUUGUCACGGGGGCCACCAUUAUGUCAGACGGAAGGAAGUCACGCGAUGCUAGACCCAUCGUUAACUUCCUUGCCGGCGGGUCGCGUGGGUUGAUGCUCGUCCGGACGAUGAACUGGGAGGGUGAGCGGGAUCGGGCGCCUGAUAUGUUGGCGCGCUGGAUCAAGGUGUUCGAUGACUUCUCCCCUAAGUGGGUGAACGCCAUCUGCACCGACUCCGCCUCGGCGUACGUCGCCGUGGCGAACCUGCUCCAGGGGCCCCAGAAGAGGCCUGAGCAUCGACGGAUCACGUGGCUCCCAUGCACAGUGCAUGUCUGCAACAAGAUGUUGUCAGACAUUGGCUGUUCGGGCCUGUGGUCCAAGGACAUCAUCGUGAGGGGGAGAGCGGUGGUGCGCUUCAUUAAGGAGCACGGCGCCACUCUCCAUAUCUUCCGGGGGGAGAGCAGUCAGAUGGGCCUCAUCUAUCCUUGCGAGACACGUUUCGCAUCCGUGUUCGCGAUGGUGGAGCGUUUGCUGGCAUUGGAGAGGACGGUGGGUGGUGAUACUUGGGGUAUGGUCCCUUGGGACUAUUCCGUUCGUCAUUUGGCUAGGUGGGUCAGGUGGCAGGUGCGACAUGGCAGUUGGUGGGAUUCCAUAGGCAUCUUGUUCCGUAUCAUGGAGCCUGUGUACGACCUGCUGUGCAGGUUGGACCGCGGAGGGGUGCAUAUGUCGUGGGUGGUUGAGUGGACAUAGGAUCUGGCCCGUCAGGUAGCAGAGGAGGUUUGUGCACUUCCGACAGAUCUUGCACACUAAAUUGUGCAGAGGGUGCAGGCUCGAUGCGC